AUGCAGAAAGUUUGGUCUCGAACCAAACGAAACUUGGCCAACAUCAAGCUCACCGACUCCUCGCGGCUUCUCCUCAUUCUCCUUGCAUCAUGGCUCGUUGUCUUUUACAUAAAUGAAACUGCCGUGCCCUAUUGGGCAGCACAGCGUUGUCACUGGCCAACUCUGACUCAGUCCACUUCAAAUCAUCAAACUACAACUCGGAUCUUGUUGAUUGCUGAUCCUCAACUCAUUGAUAAUCACACUUACCCCGGCAGAAACAAAUUGCUUCUUCGAUUAUCGCAGCAUACAGUCGACCAAUACCUCAAGAGAAACUACCAAGCGCUACUUUCUACAUUGCAGCCUUCUCAUAUCUUAUUCGUGGGGGAUCUAUUGGACAACGGCCGAGCUGCAAGUGACGAAUACUUCCAGCAUGAAGUCGCGAGAUUCCGCUCCAUUUUCCCGCAACGGCCCAACAUGUACACCAACGUGCCCGGGAACCACGACAUUGGCUUUGGAGACUUGAUAAACACCGAGAUCCGGGACCGGUUCGCUGACACGUUCGGCGAGCCCAAUUUUUCAGUCGAGAUCAACGGAGUCGACAUCGUCAUGUUGGAUACCGUCAGCUUAUCCUCGUCCCAAGAAGGAAUCAACAUCCGAGCCCAUCGGUUCUUGCAGCAACUACCGAAAAAGACCAUCCCGCGCAUCUUGCUUUCGCACGUGCCGCUAUCUCGCGACGUCAACUUAUCAUGCGGCCCGCAACGCGAACGCGGCAAGUUUGACGUGUUUGGCCGGGGCUACCAGUACCAAAACUCGCUCACACCGCAGAUCUCGUCGUUGGUGAUGGAGUCGCUUCAACCGGACUUGAUCUUUUCCGGCGACGACCAUGACUAUUGCGACGUGGUGCACGAGUCCGGUGUGCGUGAGAUUACCGUUAAGUCGAUCUCGAUGGCGAUGGGGAUAUGGUACCCCGCGGUGCAGUUGUUGACGUAUACUACCGAUGGCAAAGAGUUGAACUACCACACGGAUAUCUGCUAUUUGCAGACGCCCUAUGUUAAUAUCGCGGUGUAUAUAGGGAUGGCGGUCGUUUGCGCCGCCACGAUUCUCGUGCUGAACUUGAGACUAAAGUUGAACAGUGCCCAGAUCUUGCCGUUGAACAACUACAAGGUUAACUCUGUGUUUCAAAGGGGGUUUGUCAAGGUUUGCGUUCGGGAGUGUGCAGUGGUUGGCGUUGGUGCCAUCUUGAUUUAUAGAUUUCUAAUUGCUCGAUAG